AUGAAAUCAGGGAAGCCGCAAGGGGCCAAGCGCUCUCGCUUCCCCCAGGAGUCGGUGACUAUUGAGAUUCCCGGACACUCAGUUAACUACCCGCUUCUUUGUCUGCAGCUUCCAGAAAGCAGCCACGCACUAAACAGGUCAAGUUCUGGGAAGAACGAGGAAAAGAAAGGGAAUAAGGAAAAUGGUAAAAGUGAAUCCGUUUCUGAAGGUGGAAAGACAGCUGUGGUGUUUUCCUUGAAGAAUGAAGUUGGUGGAUUGGUGAAAGCUCUCCGGCUCUUCCAGGAGAAACAUGUGAGUAUGGUUCAUAUUGAAUCAAGAAAAUCCAAGCGAAGGAACUCGGAAGUAGAAAUUUUUGUGGACUGUGACUGUAGUAAGAAAGAAUUUAAUGAACUAAUCCAGCUGCUCAAGUUUCAAACUAACAUCGUAUCUCUUAAUCCACCAGAAAACAUCUGGACUGAUGAGGAAGAUCUCGACUGUGUCCCUUGGUUUCCCAGGAAGAUAUCUGAAUUAGACAAAUGCUCACAGAGAGUUUUGAUGUAUGGAUCUGAGCUGGAUGCAGAUCACCCUGGAUUUAAAGACAAUGUCUAUCGACAGAGACGAAAAUACUUUGUGGAUGUUGCCAUGAGCUAUAAAUAUGGUCAACCCAUUCCCAGAGUGGAGUACACUGCUGAAGAAGUUAAAACAUGGGGGGUGGUAUUUAGGGAACUCAGUAAACUCUAUCCCACCCAUGCUUGUCGUGAAUAUUUAAAAAACUUUCCUCUGCUGACCAAGUAUUGUGGAUAUAGAGAGGAUAAUGUGCCUCAGCUGGAAGAUGUCUCUAUUUUUCUUAAAGAAAGGUCUGGCUUCACAGUGAGACCAGUUGCUGGAUACCUGUCUCCUCGAGAUUUUUUAGCUGGAUUAGCGUAUAGAGUUUUUCACUGUACUCAGUAUAUACGACAUGGCUCAGAUCCUCUCUACACACCAGAACCGGAUACAUGCCAUGAACUCUUGGGACACGUGCCUCUACUUGCUGAUCCCAAAUUUGCUCAGUUUUCACAAGAGAUAGGACUUGCUUCACUGGGAGCAUCUGAGGAAGAUGUUCAGAAGUUAGCCACAUGCUACUUUUUUACUAUUGAAUUUGGCCUUUGCAAGCAAGAAGGACAACUGCGUGCUUAUGGGGCAGGACUUCUGUCUUCUAUUGGAGAAUUAAAGCAUGCUCUGUCUGACAAGGCCAAUGUGAAAACAUUCGAUCCGAAGACAACCUGUUUGCAAGAAUGCCUUAUCACCACUUUUCAGGAAGCUUACUUUGUUUCAGAAAGUUUUGAAGAAGCCAAAGAGAAGAUGAGGGAUUUUGCUAAAUCAAUCAAUCGUCCCUUUUCUGUGUAUUUUAAUCCGUACACACAAAGCAUUGAGAUUCUGAAAGAUACCAGGAGUAUAGAAAAUGUCGUCCAGGACCUCCGGAGUGAUCUAAACACUGUAUGUGAUGCUUUAAGCAAAAUGAACAGAUAUUUAGGAAUUUGACAUUUGUGGUCCUAUUACUUGCUGUCUGCUGCUCUUUCUGUAGCCAGUCUAGUAACACCACAUGGUAUGGCUAACUUUUCCAAUGCAUCAGUUUUCCCUUUACAGCUUGGCCCGUGGCUUGUAUCAUUGUGUAGCUCUGUCUAAUUGUAAUGUGCUGACAAACCAAGGCAACGCUAAUUCAUAAACACAACAUGGAAUGUGGCAGCAUAUAACCAGCAAUUCCUCAACACAAUGUCAUGUACAAGUACACGAUUAAAAACUUGCCUGGCAAUGGUUUUGUUUCCUUAAGGAGAUUAUUCGCUUCAAUGUAAUGUAUAAGAAAUGGUGUUGCUGAUUUCAUUAAGAGUCUGAGUUCGUUUCUUUGUAAUCCCUUUCCUUCCGUAAGAGUCCAGAAAAAAUAUUUGCAAAAUUUUCCAUUUACUUUGUAAGAGAAUCUGUAUUUCUUUCUGCAGUGGUAAAGACAAUGUUUUGCCUUACAUCUGUUACAGAACUGAGAGUCUCUUGUGACUGAACAAUACAAUUUAUAUACCAGUGCUAAGAUCAGGAAGGCUAUGUGUCAGUUUUAAAAGGUCUAUGGAAAUUACAGACUGAGAGACUCACAUCUGAUAAAUAUUCAAAGUGAAUGAGUAAUUGCAAAACAAUAUAAAACCUCUGGCAAUUCAUGCAGAAAGGGUAGCUCUAGUUCACACGUGUAGUACCUCUGCCCUGUGCAUGCUUCCUCCGCAGCGUUUAUCUGGGCAUAAGAGUGGAAGUGCUUUUGUUACUCCAGGUUGUUAGAUGUGAAUAUAAAGCCCUUCUACAUCAUUUUAUGCCUUCUGUGAUUGCUUGUCUUUUGAGGGUACUCCUCUUGCAUUUCAUGCAUAAUUUGUCUGUCUUCAUUAUGCCACGUUCAACAUUGAUGUGGGCAUGCAUGACUGGGUCUACACUGUAUCAGUAUCAGCACAUAUAAAAGGGUGAAUAUGGAAGUUGUUAUUUAAUUAUAGCCAAGGUGAUUAUCAGUCAGUA